GUCGUGAGAGAGCCGGAGCGGAAGGAGGACGGAGCCGGGCGUUGCGAUGGCGGCGGCGUUGGAGCUGGACGAUGCGGAGCUGAGGGAGGCCCAGAGGGACUACCUGGACUUCCUGGACGACGAGGAGGACCAGGGGAUUUACCAGAGUAAAGUCCGGGACAUGAUUAGCGACAACCAGUACCGCCUGAUUGUGAGCAUUAAUGACCUCCGAAGAAAAAAUGAGAAAAGAGCCAGUCGUUUGCUGAACAGUGCCUUCGAGGAGAUGGUGGCUUUCCAGCGUGCCCUGAAGGACUUUGUUGCUUCUGUUGAUGCCACCUAUUCCAAGCAGUAUGAAGAUUUUUACAUUGGGCUUGAGGGCAGCUUUGGAUCUAAACAUGUGACACCACGGACAUUGACAUCCCGCUUUCUCAGCUGCAUUGUCUGUGUGGAGGGUAUUGUAACGAAAUGUUCUUUGGUCCGCCCAAAAAUUGUGCGUAGUGUGCACUAUUGCCCUGCUACCAAGAAGACAAUUGAGCGCCGGUACACAGAUAUGACAUCCCUAGAACCCUUUCCAUCAACUGCUGUUUACCCUACCAAGGAUGAAGAGAACAACCCGCUUGAGACAGAAUUUGGCCUAUCUACCUACAAGGACCACCAGACAAUCGCAAUCCAAGAGAUGCCAGAGAAAGCACCAGCUGGGCAGCUCCCUCGCUCUGUGGACAUCAUUUUAGACGAUGACUUGGUAGACAAGGUGAAACCAGGGGACAGAGUGCAGGUCAUUGGGACGUUCCGUUGUCUGCCAGGAAAGAAAGGCGGCUACACUUCAGGGACAUUUAGGACUAUUCUGAUUGCUUGCCAAGUGAAGCAAAUGAAUAAGGAGGUUCGGCCUGAAUAUUCAUCAGCUGAUAUUUCCAAGAUAAAAAAAUUCAGCAAAAGCCACUCAAAGGAUGUGUUUGAUCAGCUUUCAAGGUCUCUGGCUCCCAGUAUCCAUGGCCAUGAGUACAUCAAGAAGGCAAUUCUCUGCAUGCUGCUAGGUGGAGUGGAGAAGGUGCUGGACAACAAAAGUCGCCUCCGAGGGGAUAUUAACAUCCUGCUAAUUGGUGACCCUUCUGUUGCAAAGUCUCAGUUGCUGCGAUAUGUGCUGUGCACAGCUCCACGGGCCAUCCCCACCACAGGCAGGGGUUCCUCUGGAGUUGGUCUAACUGCUGCCGUCACUACAGAUCCAGAAACUGGAGAGCGUUGUCUGGAAGCAGGUGCCAUGGUCUUGGCUGACCGGGGUGUGGUAUGCAUUGAUGAAUUUGAUAAGAUGUCUGACAUUGACCGCACAGCUAUCCAUGAGGUGAUGGAGCAAGGUCGCGUGACCAUUGCCAAGGCGGGUAUUCAGGCCCAGCUCAAUGCUCGCUGCAGUGUCCUAGCAGCUGCCAACCCAGUAUAUGGAAAGUAUGACCAAUACAAAACCCCUAUGGAGAAUAUUGGCCUGCAGGACUCUUUACUGUCUCGAUUUGAUUUGCUCUUCAUUGUCUUGGAUCAAAUGGAUCCAGAGCUAGAUCGGGAGAUUUCGGACCAUGUUUUGCGGAUGCAUCGUUACAGAGGAGCUGGUGAACAGGAUGGAGAUGCCAUGCCUUUGGGUACCACCGUUGAGCUGUUGGCCACUGAUGAUCCUGCCUUUGCUGAGGAGGAGGACCACGAUCUGCAGGUGUAUGAAAAGCACGACGAUCUACUGCAUGGGCCUAAGAGGAGGAAAGAGAAGAUUGUUAGCGUGGAGUUCAUGAGGAAAUACAUUCAUUUCGCCAAGAUGAUCAAGCCAGUCUUGACCGAGGAGGCAGCAUCCUUCAUCGCUCAGGAAUAUUCUUCUCUUCGCAGUCAGGACCAGAUCAGCUCUGAUGUGGCUAGAACUUCCCCUAUAACAGCCCGUACGCUGGAAACUCUUAUCAGACUCUCAACGGCACAUGCUAAAGCCAGGAUGAGCAAAACAGUGGACAAGCAGGAUGCCAAAGCUGCUUUAGAGCUGGUGCAAUUUGCCUACUUCAAAAAGGUUUUGGAAAAAGAAAAGAAGCGAAAGAAGCAGACUGAAGAUGGUUCAGACCCAGACACAGAGAAUGAAGCUGCAGAAGAAAGUGAAACGAGAGAGAAAAAGAGAAGGAAGACGCGCUCUAGUGAUCGUGAGCCAAUGGAAGGGGAGACUCCUGAUCCCUAUUCCUUCAGUGACACUGAAGAGGAAAUGCCAGAAGUUGAGGCACACACUCCCAAGACUACUGAACCUUUGGGCACUGGUGAGACUAAGUCAGAGUUGGCUGAAUCCAGACUGAAAGCAUUCAAGGCUGCCCUUCUGGGGGUAUUCAAAGCUGCUCAUGCGCAGUCUGUGGGGUUGAAGAGCCUAAUGGAGUCCAUCAAUCGAGACAACCCAAACCCUUUUUCAUCUGCUGAAGUCAAGGUGGCCUUGGAACAGAUGCAAGAUGACAACCAGAUCAUGAUGUCAGAUGACAUAAUUUUCCUAAUCUGAUGAACAGCUCCUUGAUGUGGAGAAUCCCCUUUUCAGCACCUUCCUAUAGGGACCAUCUAAAAAGUUUGGCUUGCCUCACCUGAGCCAUCUAGAUUAGAAGAACUGACUGCAACUUGGGAUGCCUAUGUUAUAAAACAUUUAUGUGGGUUUAUUUACCUUGGGUUUUUUUCUUCUUCCAAGGGUGCAAACAUUUACAUUCAAAAGUACUUAAUUGCAAUCUUUAGUUAAAAAUCUCUGGUAUGUCCUAAAGAAACCAGGCGUGGAAAGAAACAUAUUUGCAAAUCUCCUGUUGUUAAACGUAUAGAGGGUGACAUAGCACAGUGGUGCAAUUCUAAGCUUUUCACCUUUGUCCCCUCAACCAUCAUAGCCUAUCAUACCUGCAAUUUGUUAUUUAGCAGCUCAAAUUUUCUUCACAAAUGUAAUUACUUGACACGGACUUUUAAUAAAUAACCCGAAUGUGGUUGUAGUGAAUGAAGCUAUUAAAGCAUAUUUGCAACCAAAGACAGCUCUACAAAUAUUACAUUUCUCUCACUGUGUAUCUGUAUUCAUGCAUAGCUCCUCUUCCCAUUAUAUUUGCUACCAGCUUUGCCUUUGGGAGCAAAGAUUCCAAAAAUAAAUCAUGUAUGAGCCAUGUUUCUGUUACAUAACUUUGAAAGCAAUUGCUUUUUUCUGAGGUUAUUUUGGUUACUGGAGUAUAGCAUGCAUCAAGACGAUCCUGGAAGCCUCAUCUUGCAUACAGCUAGAGAAAAUUACUUCUACAGGUAGCUACAUGUCUCCCUCAUAAGACAGCCAUUUGUCUUAUCAUUGCAAAGUGAUAAGGGAAUUGAGCUAGGAAGGCUAAAAACUUCUUUUUGUAUUCUGCCUUUGGUCUUUACCUUUUUGAUACCACGGGAGUUUUGCAGCUAGAAUUAAAACAGAAAAUGUGUAGAAAUACUAAAAGCCAUUCUAAUGAAUUUA